UUAUAAAAGGCCUUCCAGGGUAGAUUGGGCUCCCCACAGAAGCCACUCUCCUCCUCUGGAGCAUCUGUGCUAGCUAAAUUUCAGAUCUCCUCAAGGGGCAGGAUGCUGGCCAGAGGGGCCAUACGGAGGCUGUUGCUCAUCUGGGUAGGUCUGUGUGGCUAUUGCUUUCUAAGGGCCUCGGCAGGUUUCCCCAGGAGCUCUUCCCGAUGCACAUACAUCCCAAGAAGCAUGGCCCUCUGCUAUGACAUUGGCUAUUCUGAAAUGCGAAUCCCCAACCUGCUGGAACAUGAAACCAUGGCUGAAGUGAUCCAGCAGUCCUCCAGCUGGCUGCCACUGCUAGCCAGGGAAUGCCAUCCCGAUGCCCGCAUCUUCCUCUGCUCCCUCUUUGCACCAAUAUGCCUGGACAGGAUUAUCUACCCCUGCCGAAGUCUCUGUGAAAGCGUCCGGGACAGCUGCGCCCCCAUCAUGGCUUGCUAUGGAUACCCUUGGCCAGAGAUCCUCCAGUGUGAUAACUUUCCUAUAGAUCACAGUUUGUGUAUCUCUGCAAUCAGUGAUGAGACAACUGAGAGCAGAAGAAUUCCUCGAGCCAGCUGCCAGGACUGUGAGUUGGAAGAGGCAAGGUCUCCUAAGGAGGUUCUGGAUACCUUCUGUACCAGUGAUUUUGCUGUGAAGGUCCAGAUCUCCCGAAGGAAUCAGACCUCAUCCAGCAUCUUUGACUGUGAUAUGGACUCCCGGCUGGAGGUGCUAAAGCGUGGGCCCCUGCUGCCAACAGAGGUCCAGCCCAGACUGAAGCAGUGGCUGGAGUGGGACGCUACCUGUGUGCACAAUCUCAUGCGGGGCACUCACACAGGGGCCUACAUAAUCAGUGGAGAGGUCCAGGGCAACCGACUGGUGGUUAACAAGGCAUAUGCCUGGAACAAGAGGAACAGGAACCUGCAUCUUGCAGUCAGAAAGUGGAAGCACCACCGGUGCAGACAGUAGGGAGGCUUCACUCUCAGGAGAAAGAAGUGAAGUCAGAUGCUUCCUUUAUCCUGACAUAAUAUCAUACCUUUAUGGCCUAAGGACCCUGAUUGGAAAGCUAAACUUCUGGCAGGGAAGAUAUCUUACUUAGAUCUCUAGCAACCAAUUAUUCCAGGAAAAAAAAUGACUUGUUGAUUCAGUUCUUGUCUAUGUGGUACUCUGGGAGAUGCGAUGCAAUCUUCCCUUUGUCAUUCUUUGAGAAGACCCUGCAUUUUCAAUUCAUGCAGGUAGGAUGGAAGAUACUCUUCCCAGACAGAAGCAUAGAGUUAAGUGAUUAUAGUUAUCAAGACUCAGCUGGUUGGUCCUACCACUGACACAAAAUGGACAUUUCAGAUGAAGUAGAAGGAAACACAGUAAAAGGUUGAUGGGUAUGACCCUUGGCAAAAGGUGGCCAGCUCCCUAACAAUGAAAAAGUUACCUCCCCUGCUCUAUUUCUCCUGUGCUGCUGCAGCCUCCCUAGAGCCUUUGUAGUUCCUUACCUUCAAGAUCCCAUCCUUACCACAUUUCUUCACUGGCAGGGCAAUACAGCUCUGAAAGUAGGGAGAACAGAAAUGGUAACUCUGGCCCUACUGCACUCUGACCCUGAUAACCUGCUGUCUGCUGGGUGAGCAUUUUCUUGAAAUCUGAGAGCAUUAUGAAGAUAGCUCCAUGCUUAGCCUACUUAGUGCUCUGCAAUCUGCACAUAUUAUGACUACCUCAAAGAGCCCCAGAGGUUUACUUGGUAGACUUUCUGAACCUAGAAUCAAUAUGCCAGGUUCACCAAAUCAGAAGCUUCGAUAUCUUUUUCUUGAACUUUGCUGAGUACUAAGACCCUUACUGGAAACACUUUAAAAAAGACCUCUGGGAUAGUCGAUGAGACUUUCAUGUACACAGCCAGGGUAAGCUGCUUAAAACCUAAACUAAUAUUUAUACUCAAAAUCUACAUCUGUUACUGUUAGCUCUCUAGGAUUUAUUAUGAGCACAAACUUCUCAGGAUAUCUGUCGAACUAUAUUUGCUUAAACUGCAAAAUGGGGAGGGGAGUGGAGGAGAAAGAGAGAGAGAGAGAGUUUAUUUCUCAUAAACUAAUGAUAAUGAUCUACAGUAUUUAGGAAAAUAAAUAAAAACAUGACCCAGUGAGAAAAGCAUUCAACAUGCCCUAGUUAAGGGUCCUUGGAAUUCAAAGGACAAUGGAAUGAGAAGGGCAUGUAAAGAAGUGCAACAAACUCCUCAUAAGAAACACAGCCAGAGUAUAUGGGAUGGCAUAUGGGUAUCAGAUCAAUAAAUACUAGAAGAUGCCUACAACUUCUAAACAGAAUUCUAGAAGACCAAACAGGAUUAAUUUUAUAUUUAUUUUUGAAAUACCUAAAGUGGAAAAAAAGCAACUCCUUUGCACCAGGAAAGUGUAAACAUUAACCUAUUAGGUAUUUAUUGGUGCCUAUCAAUGUGUCAGGGAAUAUAAAUCAUAAAAUAUAAUCCUUGCUCAUAAGGAAAUGAUCAGCUCAAUCAGAAAUAGGGAAGAUUUCACCAGGCACACUGGGCUGCUGGCCUUGAUAAUAGUGGGAAAUGGAAAAGGAAGAUAUAAAGGCUAAAACUGAAUAUAUUCCUAUGAUGGUAAGAGUUUUUAGAUUAUAUAAGUAUUUCCCAAGGAAGUGGUGGCAAAAGUAGGAUGAAAUGGAAAGGGUUACACUUGGAGUCAUAUGUCCUGGGUUUUGGUCACAGCCCGAGCCAUUUAGUUGAUGUAGGACCUGUUCUGAUUCAAUUUCCUUAUCUGUAAAAUAAAGAUAAUAUUAUUCCCACUACUGAUCUCCCAAGGUCACUGUGGAGGUCAAAUGAGACGAUUACACAAAGCACAUAAGAAUCUUGAA